AUGUUGGUGGACGGCUCAGGCCAGAUCAAACUCACAAAAGACGGUGCAGUUCUCCUGAAAGAGAUGUCAAUUCAAAAUCCCACUGCGACUCUCAUCGCUAGAGCCGCUACGGCGCAGGACGACAUCACAGGCGACGGCACUACCUCCGUGGUAUUGAUGAUCGGAGAACUUCUCAAGCAGGCAGACAGAUACAUUCAAGAAGGGUUGCACCCUCGAGUCAUCACCGACGGCUAUGAAAUCGCGAAAACGGAAACACUCAAGUUCCUUGACAGCUUCAAGAUUACCCGCGACAUUGACCGCGAUCUGCUCCUCUCGAUCGCGAAAACCUCUCUAUCUACCAAGAUCAACGCCACCCUCGCCGCCAAACUCACUUCGUCUAUAGUCGAUGCCGUCCUUGCCAUCCAAAGAAAACCCCAGAAACCCGAUCUUCAUAUGGUUGAGAUCAUGAAACUACAGCACAAACUCGCAUCAGACACAACAUUAAUCCGGGGCUUAGUGUUAGAUCACGGAGCAAGACAUCCUGAUAUGCCUAAACGAGUCGAAAAUGCCUACAUCCUGACCCUGAAUGUGUCUCUCGAGUACGAAAAGUCGGAAAUCAACUCAGGGUUCUACUACAGUAGCGCCGAACAACGGGAUAAACUAGUCGCUUCGGAGAGACGGUUUGUGGAUGAGAAGUUGAAGAAGAUCAUUGCAUUAAAGAAUGAAGUUUGCGGGUCCGACCCGAAGAAGUCGUUCGUGGUAAUCAACCAGAAAGGCAUCGACCCGCUGAGUCUAGACGUACUCGUGAAGAAUGGCAUACUUGCCCUGAGACGGGCCAAGAGGCGGAACAUGGAGCGACUACAACUCAUUUGUGGUGGUAAAGCACAGAACAGUGUGGAUGACUUAGAUCCUUCAGUCCUUGGCUGGGCAGGUCUCGUGUACGAGCAAACGCUGGGCGAGGAGAAGUACACCUUUGUCGAGGAAGUCAAGGACCCAAAAUCCGUCACACUGUUGAUUAAAGGCCCCAACCAACACAGCAUCACCCAGAUCACGGACGCUGUUCGAGACGGGCUGCGAAGUGUCUACAACGCCAUUGUCGACGGCUGUGUGGUCCCUGGCGCUGGAUCGUUCCAAAUCGCUGCUGCGGCACAUCUCAACUCCGAAGAGGUUCGAAAAUCCGUCAAGGGUAAAGCCAAGUGGGGCGUUGCCGCCUUUGCAGAUGCUCUACUCAUUAUCCCGAAGACCCUCGCUACAAAUUCUGGCCAUGACAUUCAAGAUGCUCUAGCCGCAUUGCAAGAUGAGCAUGCAGAGGGCAAUGUGGUCGGCUUAGACUUGGUGACGGGAGAGCCCAUGGAUCCUGUGCAAGAAGGCGUCUUCGACAGUUUCAGGGUGCUACGAAAUAGCAUUGCGAGCAGUCAGGGCAUUGCAAGCAAUCUGCUCCUAUGCGAUGAGCUGUUGAAGGCGAGGCAGAUGGGCAAGCAACAGGCGCCGGGAGGAAUGGAUGGAGAAUAG